AUAGAUUCACACAGAAUUUCAUUGGAAAGUAAUAAAUUUGUCUUCUUUAUUCUUAGGCCACUUGCAACAAGAAGUAUCAGAAUCAGCAUGCAGAACAUUGAACUAACUUGAGCCAGUACGAAAUUUACUGGAAUCGUUCAAACUCUUUGCCGCUCGUUGCCACUCCCGCCUAGAAGUUUGUCUGCUUUUCGAAUCAGUUGCAAGAUGGAUUGCCCACAGAACGCCAUGAACAUCGACGAUCGCAUACAAGAUUUAAUCAUUAAGAAACUACUUAUAAAUGAAAAUUACUCUUUUAUUUACGAUAGCCGACAUGUUCAUCACGGCUAUACGCCUAGCAUCGACAGUUUUUUUACAAUGAUUAGAAAUGAAACACAAAAAGAGGUUAAUAUUGACAAGACCGCUAAAAGUGAUAUAGAAGACAAUUCAGGUAUGCAUGACAAAGUAAUACCAGAAACAAAUGAUGAUCUACAAAAGAUGAGAAAAAUUAAUGUAACGUCUCUUAAAUGUUCCAAUGAAUUUGCACAACCCCUUUUUUUUACAAAGAUGGUAAGACCAGAACCAAGGAUUUAGCGAUUAUUCGUUCAAAGAAAGAAUUUCAAAAAUACAGCAAUGAAUAAAUUACAGCAGACUCCGUAAAAAUUUUACUUUUAGCAAUGACAGAUUAUGAAGAUGAAAUUAUUCAAAGAUUGUGUUUUGAAUUCAUUGUCAAAUGCAUAAAAAAGUUUAUAGAGAAGAAACUGUUGUAAAACAUACUACAUGUAUCUUUUUUUAUAUUUCAUUUCUUUGUAAACAUUUUUAAAUAAAUAUUUAAAAACAAAUAAUUAAAAAAA